CCCAUUAAUCUUUCUAUCAGCUUUACUAUCACCACCUUUAAGCUGACCGAUCCUUCGAGAAGGGCUGUAUAAAUUGAACCAACCUGCUACCAUGCUGCGCAGUUUACUGCAUCGCUUCCGUGAAAUCCAUUUUCUUCCGAGGAAAAACCGGUCAGCUCGAGCAUCAUGUUCAAAUUCACCGUUCUUCUGCUGCUGUGCGCUGCAGCUAUCAGCACGCGGUCGCAGGACGUGUUCCGGGGCUGCGCGGCGACCUCAAGUGAUCCAGAUUUGCCGGGCAAGUGCUUCCAAUUGCCGGAGUACCAAUUUCGCAAUAACAAAGCGUACAUGGGGCUUGCCGAGGAAGUUCUGAAGCUACACUCCAACCACACGACCGGCCGAUAUGUGGACACCAUCUUACGAAUCUCUCGAGUCGUAAAUCAGCGGGCCGGAGCUUUCACUGGAGGGAUUCUCGUUCGAUUGGAGUUCCUAAACAUCAGAAGUAAAUGCGUUACUCCCGGCCGUUACUCCAUUUCUGUUUGCAAGCCAGUUUGGGACAAGCCGCACCAGAUGUGCCAGGCAAUCUUCUUCUUGUACAAUGGCCGCAAAGAGCUCCAGCGUUCUUGGUGCAGGCCCAUACUACACAUACGCUUGGCUAACCAGUAAACCAACCAACAUUCCAGUUCUGUGACCCCCUGAAGCGUGCAUGCGCCAGGCGUGAGAGCCGCAGACUUAAGGAUGAAUAAAUGAAAACCACGCAUGCAGUAUUGCUGUCUUGUUACCAAUAAAAAUGAUGAAGCUUCAGAC